GUUCGACGCAUAGUUGGCGGCGCCGCUUUCACCAGGGCAGCCUCGACCCAAUGCGAGCGGGUCAGAGUCAACGGAGUUCGAGCUACCGCUCGAAGUAUUGGGCGACCGCGCAUGGCGUGGAGGUGUCGUUGGGCGCGAUAGGCACCGAGAUGCUCUGGCGCAACCCCCAGAGGUGCGCGACGAAUAAGGGAAGAUCCUUGGCCGACUACGACGCGGACAGUUCGCUGCACGCAGAGUGGUUGGCACUCGCCUUCCUCGGGCAGGACGCGGCCCAGACGCCGCUGCUCGGGCGCGCGGGGGCAUCGGGUGCGCCGAUGGCGCAGGCCGAAGACGUCGGGCUCCUGCGCGCGCUCUUCCGACGCCUUCCGGGCCGGUCCGACGGCCCCCCCCGCCGCGGGGUCAGCCGCAGGCUCCGCCACAGGCGUUGUCCGAACAGCCAGUGGCUCCGCCGCAGACGCAGCCGCUUCAGCCGCGGGCUCGACUGGCCGCGCGAGAAGGCCGAGGGCGCGCCGCGCACUUGA